AACGUUACGCGUAGCUAUGUCGAUGAGUACUGUAAGCCCGUUGCUGAAAAUCGGUCUCGGUGCGAUCGGCAUGUGGCCCGGUUCCUCGUACGGGACGUUUUGCUGGCUCUUUUACAUGACGACCCUCGUAACGAUGCAGUAUUUUCAAUACUCGUACGUCUACGCGCAUCUGGACUUCGGCGAUCUGACCAAACUGAUGGACGGUCUGGGCCUCACUCUGGAUUACACUCUGACGAUCCUGAAGCUGAUCAGUCUCUGGUUUAAUCGCCGAUUAUUCGCGGAUAUUCUGGUCGCGAUGGACAACGAUUGGAAAGACCGCGCGACCGAUUUGCGCGAGUGCGUGAUGAUGGACAAGGCUAAUCUGGCGCAUCGUUGCUCCAACGCCAUAAUAUCCGUCAACGCCGUCGCCACCGUUCUCUAUUUCAUCGAUAGCCACGUACGUCGCCGUACAGUUUCCAAGGAUGGACAACAUCGGGAUUUUCCGAUACAGAUACAGUUCCCGUUCGAAGCCCACGAGACGCCGGUUUUCGAGUUUGUCGUCCUGGGAUUGUUCUUUCAUGUAUUAGAAACGGCGACCGUGAUCGCGACAUUGAACUCCUUGAUCUUAACGCUGGUACUUCAUGUAAGCGGACAAAUUGAUAUCAUGUGUCAAGAAUUGAAAGAGAUUCCUCCCACAUUCAAUUCUAAGAUGUUCUCCACCAAGUCGCUCGUCGAGAGACAUCAGAAGAUUAUAUCAUUGUCGAAUAAUAUCGAGAACUAUUUUUCGUUCAUUGCUCUGUUACAAUUCAUAUGGAACAGCUUUGUUAUCUGCUGUUUAGGAUUCAUGGUUGUGAUAUCUUUAGAUAAAAAUAUGGAGAGUAAAUCCGGAGUUUUUAUACAAUUUAUGAUGCCAUAUAUCGCAGUAACUAUAGAAGCUUUCGUCUUUUGCUUCGCCGGCGAGUAUUUAAGCACCAAGAGUAGGUCCAUUGGCGAUGCGGCGUAUGAGGCAGUUUGGUAUGAUUUAUCUACCAGCGAAUGCCGAAUUUUAUUAUUCCUGAUCCUGAGAUCGCAAAAACGUUUGACGAUCACGGCCGGGAAAGUUAUGGAUCUCACGUUGGAAAGUUUCACUACUGUACUUCACGUGAGCGGCCAGAUCGAUAUUAUGUGUCAGGGAUUGAGAGAAAUUUCCUCCACGAGAAAAUCUCAUCCAUCGGCCACAAGAUCGCUCAUCAAAAGGCAUCAAAAAAUCAUAUCUCUAUCCAACAAUAUCAACAACUUUUUUUCUUUCGUUGCACUGAUACAAUUUGUAUGGAAUACCAUAGUUAUCUGCACUAUCGGAGUCAUGAUCGUAAUAUCUCUAGGCACAGACAUAGAAGGUAAAUUCGGAAUACUAAUACAGUCCAUUAUUCCGUAUGUCGCUGUAACGUUAGAAGCAUUCGUUUUCUGUUUUGCUGGCGAAUAUCUGAGCUCUAAGAGCAGAUCUAUUGGCGAUGCGGCAUAUGAGGCAAUUUGGUACGAAUUGUCCACCAGCGAAUGCCAGGUUUUACUGUUGAUAAUCGUCAGAUCUCAAAAACGAUUGAGUAUCACAGCUGGAAAAGUCAUGGAUAUGACUUUGGAAGGUUUUACGACUGUCAUGAAAGCUUCGAUGUCGUACAUUUCGGUAUUACACGCUAUGUAUUGA